AGCUAGCGGAGACUUGAGAGAAACAAUAUGUUAGGAAACAUAAAGGGGAAGAUAAAAAUGGAGAUGGAAAGGAUGAUUCUGAAACUUGGACAUCAUCUCCUGCGCAAACUCUUUUGGUUUAGCUUAAUAUCAUUGUUUUUGUUGGCACCGCUACCGCUAUCAGAAGCCAACUCUAACACCAGCUUCCGAACUGCGGGCGUACACUGGCCUGACAUAAUAAACUGUAACACUUCCUACAGGCCAACAAAUCCAGGACCAUUCUCACGAACAAGUAAUCUCGAUGGCGCCAUUUCCUUUGCAAAUCCUGAUGGCAUCUGCAGCGGCGACGCUUACUAUAAUGAUCUGAUCUUUCAAGUAUAUCUUGGGAACUUCGUUGGUUUAGCUGGAGACACAACGAUUAGAGUGAAUCGAUCAAAAUAUUAUGAUCACUUUUCAAAAGCAAACCAGGCAUAUAAUCAUGACCAUAGGAAAACUGGUAGACGCUACAUCAAACACAAAAAAGUCAUUUCGGUAAAGCUCACUCUAGGUCUUGGCUUUUUUUGCUUAUUUAUGUCGUUUGGGAUCACUGGGGUUUAUUCCAGUGUGAAGAAACGGAAGUUCAUUAAUCUCAAAGCCAAGUUCUUCCAGCAAAAUGGAGGGUUAUUGUUAGAGCAGCAUAUUGCUUCACAUGGAAGCACAAAAGUUUUUACAGCCGAGGAGCUAGAGACGGCCGCUGCCUAUUAUAACCAGAGUCAUAAUUUUUGUCCAGGAGAAAGUGCAUUAGAUUGGAAAGGACUUUUGUCAGACGGUGCGAUUGUAGACAUGAGGAAAACAGUAGUGCACAAGGGCCAAAUCGAGCGCUUUAUCUACGAGAUCGUCACUCUUACCAAAAUUAACCAUAAAAAUGUGGUGAAGUUCUUGGGCUGCUGCUUAGAGACUGAAGCUCCCAUGUUAGUGUAUGAAUUCCCUUGCAAUGGGACCUUGUUCGACUACAUUCAUCAUGCUAACGGCAAGAGUGCAUUGCCUUGGCAUGUCCUUUUAAAGAUAGCCUCAGACUCUGCAACUGCUCUUGCCUAUAUGCAUUCAGCAGUAGACUCGUUGAAACCAAUGAUCAUUCAUGGAAAUGUCAACUCGUCCAACAUACUUUUAACUGAUUGUUUUGUGGCCAAAGUCUCCGGUUUUAGUCCUUCAAGGUUGGUCCCGGUCCCCGGUAAUGAAUCCCAGAUGAAGACAUUGGUGCAGCAAACACUUGGUUAUCUUGAUCCGGAAUAUCUCUAUACAGGCCAGUUGACAGAUAAGAGCGAUGUUUAUAGCUUUGGAAUCGUAUUGUUGGAGCUUCUAACUGGGGAGAUGCCAUUGUCCUUUCACAGACCAGAAAAUCAAAGAAUCAUAACAUCCCAUUUCGUUUCUUCUGUAGGACAAAAUGACAUCUUUCAGAUCGUUGUGCCACAACUUGUAAACGAGGGAAACAGAGAGCAACUCAGAGCAGUUGCGGAGCUUGCAAAGAGUUGCCUCAAGUUGAGUAGUGCCCAAAGGCCUGCGAUGGAAGAAGUGGCAAGAGAAUUAAGGAGGUUGUGUGGCAGCACACAUUCUUCCUAAGCCAGCUAGUUCUCGUCAACAAUUAUUGAGUGUAUGAAUCCAUUGUAGGGGAAGGGAAGCCCCGACUAGUAGAAUAUCUUUGAACAAUUACCUAUCAGUUAAAACUUUAUAGUACAGAUUAAACUGAGUACUCGAAAAUCCCUAUGAGUUGUUUUAAACAAUCCAUUGCAUAUGAAAUGUGGCUGGCUGUCACCAAUGUUUCUUUUUCAUGAACAAAAUAUAUUUGACAGUUGAACCAAUCUUGGAAAAUAAGGCCAAGU